AUGGCAUCAGCACCGGUACCACGUUUCCUCCUCCCACGGCCCUAUCUGCCGCUACUCCGCCAUCAGCGAGCGCUACAGCGGCAGCCCGCGCUUCCAAUCACAUCCCGCAACGCCUCUUCCAAAUCCACUCGCAAUGAGAGACCUAUCGUGCUUGAGAAGCCAGACAAGUUCCGGCCACCAUCGCACGGAGCGCGAUUACCGCCCCGCAAGCAACCACAGUACACAUACGGUGCACGACUCACCGAUGAACAGAUUGCGGAGCAGAAGACCAAGCAGUACCCCCACAUGAUGCCGCCGGAGGGAAGCUUCACGCACUGGAUCUUGACGAACAGGAUGCUGCAUACCUGGAUAUCACUUUCCGUUCUCUUCUCCCUCGCCCUCUUCACAAUGCUCACGAAUUUCACCAACUCAACCCCCUACGCCGACCUCCUUCCCCCGCGGGACAUGCUCCUCAAGCAUCCCAUUCAGUAUUUGACACAAUUCAAGGAGGUCUACAAGAUGCACACCGCCUAUAUAACCGCCGAGACGCAGGAGCGGCGGCGGAGGAAGGUUGAGGAUGUGCAGAAGCGGGCGGAGUACCGCAAAGCGCAUGGGCUGGAGGGCGAACAGGGGCUGGGUGGGUGGACGGCUAAGACGGAGGGCGAGGGGAUGGGGCCGGCGUUGGCGGAUGACAGGGAUACGUAUACGGAUUUUGAGGGGAAGAAGCGGCCGGUCAAGAAGUGGUUGGGCAUCUGGUGA